AUGGCCGCCCCCGCUUCCGACCUGGGCCCCCUGGGAUACCUGCUACUACUCCUGCUGGUUACCCCAAUCUGGGUCGCAUCAGUCAGUCACCGACACCCUAAAAGCCAGGCAAAUUCAUUGAGUAGUGACGUGGCCUGUGGCCAGUCAGUUCUGGAGGGUAAGAUCUUGGGAGGAAUGCCAUCCCCCUUUCAGAAAUGGCCGUGGCUGGUCAGCCUGCAUUACGCUGGCUUUCAUAUCUGCGGUGGCUCCAUUCUCAAUGCCUACUGGGUGCUGACGGCAGCACACUGCUUUGCCAGGGAGAAGAAGAUCGAGAGCUUUGAUGUGUAUGUGGGCAUCAGCAACCUCGACGUGGCCACCAGACACACCCAGUGGUUUGAGAUUAACAAGGUGAUCGUUCACCCCACCUACGAACUCUUUCACCCUAUUGGAGGGGACGUGGCUCUCGUACAGCUGAAGAGCCCCAUCAUAUUCUCUGACUCCGUGCUCCCCGUUUGCAUGCCGCCUUCCAACCUCAACCUCGACAAUGCGCCUUGCUGGGCCGCUGGAUGGGGACUGGUCUCACAGCAAGGCGACACCUUGAAACAGCUACAGGAAGUCCAGUUGCCACUAAUCCCCAAGUUCCAGUGCCAGCUACUCUAUGGAUAUGUGUCUUACCUCCUGCCAGAAAUGCUGUGUGCUGGGGACAUCGCGAAUGUGAAGAAUGUGUGUGAGGGUGACUCUGGUGGUCCACUGGUAUGUAAGCUGAACCAGACCUGGCUGCAGAUUGGAAUAGUUAGCUGGGGCCGUGGGUGCUCCCACCCCCUGUACCCAGGGGUGUAUGCCAAUGUCUCCUUUUUUUUGAAUUGGAUCAAUUAUCAUGUGAAGACCACACCCAUUCCUCCUCGGGUGCCCCCCUCGCUCUCUUCAUCCCUGAGAGCCACCCUUAGCGUUUUUGUGACCGUGCUGGCGAGCCUGUUGGUGUGGUGA